CUCUAUGCAUGCUCGUAUCAACGCUAGCCACAGACAAACACCGGCAAACCAGCCUGACCCUAUCCUAUCCUCUCACUCCUUCAGUAUUCAGUCUAUAGUCUCUAGUUCCAUGUUCGUCUGCCGCGGUAUUCUUGCUCCAGUACAAACGCAUUAAAUCGAAAGUGGAAAGAAGAGAGAGAGAUGGUGAGCGAGAGGACUCCCCUUCGCAGGGCAGAGGGAGGGGGGCCGCCCUAUGUAUUCAUGCAGAAUCCCAAUAAAUUGUAUCGCAAACAAAUUCAUCAGUUCCAGUGUUUUAUUUGUUCGUUAUUUCUAGUACUUUUCACAACGGCCGUUGUGAUAUCAGUGCUGCGUUCUGUGGAAGAGGACACAAUCGACAAUCCACCUGCGCCAAUAAUCAGCGAUAACUCUUCGAUUGGCCCCUUAUUGAGUUUGUCGUGGCCGCUAGCCGACAAUGGAGUACCUGAUUGGCAGGGAGAAAUGCCAGAGGAGAAUGAUAUGGUCAUCGCUCUAGUAAAAGGCCAGCAGAGCCUUCAAGCCAAAGAUGAACUUGAGAAGAAUACAAAAUCACUGCCUAGAGACACUGCAUCAUACAAGCAUCAAAAGUCCAUCAGAACGUCGCCCCGUGCCCAGUAUCUGUCAAGAGCUGGUUACGUCAUGGAUGUAGCUACCAAACACUUGAUCAGUAAGUCCAACAAUACGAAUGGAAAGAAUAAGAAAGCUUCGAUUGGAAGGACGUUGCGAUUGAAGGAGGUGCCUCCUCUGCCAUCUUUCUGCAGCCAUGAUGUAGGCUCGGUGUGCGACGGAGCUGAGUAUCGCUCAAUUGACGGCUCUUGCAACAACCUCAACCACCCUUCCACUUGGGGAGUAGCUAUGCAGCCGUUUAGAAGAGUUCUAGCUCCAGACUAUGCUGAUGGUGUUUCCGCGCCACGUAAGUCUAUGAGCGGUGCCGAACUUCCUUCAGCUAGAGAAGUGAGUGUAGUAAUCCACAGACCCGAAUACAGAGAUGAUCCUAAGUUCACUGUCAUGCUUGCCGUUUGGGGACAGUUUUUGGAUCAUGACAUCUCGGCUACAGCCCUCAGUCAAGGAAAGGACGGCAGUACGAUUUCCUGUUGCGAUGUGGCUGAGGAGCAGCGUCACCCAGAGUGCUACCCGGUCAGGGUGGGCUCUGGUGAUCCCUACUUCAACGUGACUUGUUUGGAGUUUGUGCGUUCUGCUCCAGCUCCUGCCUGCUCCUUCGGACCAAGAGAACAGCUGAACCAAGCGAGCAGCUUCAUCGAUGGAAGCGUAGUGUACGGAAACACUCUGGAACUGAGCAGUUCACUGCGGUCCUAUGAGAGUGGACAACUGCGCAUGACUUUGACGCCUGACGGUCGUGAACUGCUUCCGGUCUCAACUGAUCCCAACGACGGUUGCAACAGAGAGCAAGAGAACAGCAAAGGCCAAUAUUGCUUCGCCUCAGGAGACGCAAGGGCCAACGAGAACAUGCACCUAACAACAAUGCACUUGAUAAUGGCCAGACAGCACAACAACUUGGCAUCGCAGCUGGCUGUCCUCAAUCCAACCUGGGAUGAUGAGAAGAUCUACCAAGAAAGCAGGAAAAUAGUGGCAGCUCAAAUGCAACACAUCACUUACAAUGAAUUUCUACCUGUAUUGAUUGGACCAAAACUACUAGACAGGCUGGAUCUACUUCCUGAAGAGAGCGGCUACAAUGCAAAGUAUGAUGACAAAGUAGAUGCAUCUGUCAGUAAUAGUUUUGCUGCAGCUUCUUUCAGAUUCGCUCACACAUUAUUGCCGGGUGUGAUGAAGUUUUACCAUAACACUACUGCUGAAGAGAAAAUUGAACUCCAUAAUAUGCUUUUCAACCCAUACAAGUUGUAUUCGCCCGGUUACAUUGACGGUACCAUGCUGGGUGCUAUCAAUACGCCACUUGAAAGGAUGGACAAUUAUUUCAACAAAGAGGUGACUGAGAAACUGUUCAAACAGCCGAACAAGACUUGCGGGUUGGAUCUGGUUUCCUUGAAUGUUCAAAGAGGCCGAGACCACGGACUGCCAGCGUACCCCGAGUGGCGGGAGCAUUGUGGCCUCUCCAAGCCAUCCUCAUUCGAUGACCUGAGGGGAUUGGUCGAUGAUGAGUCGUUGAACCGGAUAUCAAAAUUAUACAAAUCGGUGGACGACGUAGACCUGUAUACGGGCGCACUGUCGGAAUACCCGCUGGAAGGAGGCAUGCUAGGCGCCACCCUCACCUGUCUCAUUGGCGACCAGUUCAAGAGACUGAAAGUUGGAGAUCGUUAUUGGUAUGAGACAUCCCAGAUGCCACAAGGGUUCACACCAGAGCAACUGAUUGAGAUUCGCAAAACCAGUCUGGCCCAGCUGAUCUGUGACAAUGCUGACAACGUGACAGUGAUCCAGCCGCGGGUGAUGGAGACCAUACGUGAAGGAAAUACCAGAGUGACCUGUGACAGUCUGCAGCAGCCAAACCUCGUUCACUGGGCGAGUGAUGCAAAACAGAAAUCACCACAGAAAAGUGUCGCUCCCAACGAAAAGAAACAAACUCUAGCAGUCAAGGUUAAAUCCGGCUUCAUAAGUAGCGAUGAUGGAAGCAUCAUGUGGGACGGAAGUCUCCCAUUAGUUAUUCCAACAGAAUACUUCAGCCACAAAAAAUUCGCUCCCGAAAAUUUCGGUAACGACCCAGCCUAUGAAGCGUUCGCUAAUCUCUACAAGAUACAAUGGAAUGGUCAAUUAUCGAAGACCGAUGAUAAGCUGACAUUUUCUGGUACAUUCUCUUUCCCGUACUUGGAUUUUUCUGCUCCUUUCUCUCCCACUUCAUUGAAAUCGGUCACUGGAAAGUUCUUGUUUCUUUGUGACUCAUUUUGGAAUAAUUCAGAAACAGUUGAUCUAUCUGGCAGUUAUUCUUCUCCAAUAUUUUUCUCAGAAAAGUCGUUCAACAUAACAAAUGCAUUGCAAUUCGUAAAAGUUCAUCCUCAUCAGGAAUUCACUCUUUCUAGUGCAUCAACCUCAUCUGAGAAAGUUCCCAUCAUCUUGAAUGGAACUUACUCGUUAGACAGCAGUAUCUUCUCUUGGGAUGGAAGUGCUUUAAUAAGACUCCCUUUGAACAACAUGCAAAAGAUUGGCAAUUCUCUGAAAAUAAGCAAUAUGAAAACCGAGCAAACCAAAGUGGGAUUCAAAGUAACAAAUGGAAACAUUCAAUUGACCAAUGCACAAGGCCUCCAAGAAACGAUUUGGUCAGGUAGUUUUCCAGUUGAUCUAUCAAAUCCAAUUUUCCACUUGGAGAAAUUCACUCUUCUUCAAGCCAAGAUGAAUGAUGCAGAUCCAGACUUAUUCCAGUAUGGAAUCACAUGGACUUUGUUCAAAAGUGGGCCCAAAUACCAAGGUAAAUUCUCAAUGCCCCUUUACAACUACACUAAAGGCUAUAAAGUAAUUUGGGUGAAUGGUGAAUUUGACUUGGAUGUUCUGUCAACAAGUGAUAUGACUGUGGAAAAUGUUAUAGAGCCUGGUACUAAGUAUGUUUCUAGAGUAAUAUUUAGAGAGAAGAAAAUGGACAGUUUACUAUUAGGGUCAGAUAGUAUGGAUAGUCAUAGCAAGGAAGAGAAUUUGAAAUUGUUCCUAGCAGACAGUGCAAGUGCUAUUGAUGGAGCUGUUCCAGCGCCAAUUAUAUUAGAAGGAUCUUUCUCACCUGAUAAGAAAAUGUUCCAUUGGUCUGGUGAAGGGACAAUCAGUGUUCGAGCUACAAGUAAAACCCUGUUGACAAAAUCAAUUGGUGGACCCUCAUCACCAAUAUCGACUAAAUCUAGGUAUGGAUGUUUAGUGCAGGCUGGAUCUUUCAAAGAUGCUUCAGGCAUGGAAAUGAACUUGACCCCUCCAAUCAAUAUACCACUAAGUUCAAUUUGGUCACAUGAUAAAACUGUGAAUUCAUUCUCAUAUUCAUCUGGAAUACAUUGGUCUGGAAGUUUGGCUGGAAAUAUUCUGAAAGGUAAAUUCUCAUUCCCCAAGUAUGGUGGAGACUCUAUCCUAGGACCAUACAUGCAGUGGAAUAAUGGUACAUUCUCCCUUCAGCUUCAACCAUUAUGGGAUUCCGACCUACAAUCAUUGCUCAUACCGGAAGCAAACUACUUUUCGAAAAUAGCAUUCCAAGGUAAAUAUUCCGAUGAAGAUAGAAGCUCAGCAGUUGAUACAUUUUCCAAGUAUAAAAUGUCCGAAGAGCUUUCUUCAACAAUCUACGCUCCAAUUAUUUUACAAGGCCAGUAUUCUCCAAUGAAAGACACUUUCAUGUGGAAUGGCAAUCUGAUAAUCUCAUUUCAAGGAAGCAUGAACCAAAACUACAAAUUUGUAACUUACAAGAAAAGCUUGCAACUUGCUGAUUCCAAACCAACUAAAACUACUUCCCGUAUUAAGGUUUCAACAGGCAGUGUAUCAGUGGGCCCUUCAAACCAAGAUAUGCCACCAGUAACCUGGGAAGGUGAUUUCCCAGUUAAAAUAAACGUUGAUUCUCUUAUACCACCAAACACAUUCAUCAGAGGUGCAGAGGUAACAUUCACUGGUAUGAUGAGUUCAACAAAUUUGAAUGGAAUAUUUUCCGUCCCAAUUUAUGACGAUAAAGGAAUUUCUACAUUGUAUACCGGUAAUUUCUCAUUUGAUUACACAACAGCAUGGAGUCAAACAGUUGACACAGUAUUGAAAUCUAAUAAGAAAUACGUUGCCAAAGUAUUUUUCAGUGAUAUGAAAAAGAAAGCUGUCAAUGCAGGAAACAAUGGUAUGGAAACAGACACCAACGCAAUCAAUCAAAAUUUGGGUGACGGUAGUCCAGGGCUUGUGAUUUCUCUACUAGGAUACCACUAUUCGAAACCAUUCUUCUGUCCUGGAUUCAUUUGUAAGGAUCAAAAGCUAUUCUACUGGUCAGGUGAUGCAAUAAUUUCAGUGGCAAACCAACAAUUCACACUUCAGAAAUCCACUCAAGGCAGUAUGCAGUUUGGAGGAAAAGUGACAAGUGGGCAACUGAGUAUAGUCAACAGUGUGAAUGAAGAGAAGGUCUGGGAGGGAAUGUUGCCAGCACAGAUUCCAACUGAAAUUAUGAUGAUGCCACAUGCAAACAACAUGUUUGUAGAAUGGCAUGGAAACUACAGUGAGUCAGUACUUCAAGGUGUUUUUGCAAUCAAUAACUAUCAAAAUGUCAACUCUACAAUGAAUCUGAUGGGUAAUUUCAAACUGAUGGUUGAACCACUAUGGUUUGCUUCUUUGGAUAAUAUUGUAGUAUCAGGACAAAAAUAUGUUUCUCAAAUUUACCUUCAAGGUAACGAACAGCCUGCAGUUAAUAACUACAAGUUGACUGGAGAUGAUACAGGUUCCUUUGUACCAAUUAUUUUACAAGGUGAUUACUCAGCUGAUAAGAAGGUUUUCCUCUGGAAUGGGAAUUUCAUAAUAUCAUUUAGAGCACCCAAGCCUGAUAAUGAAGAGACCUUUAAACUGAUGGCAAAGAAAGAUAGUUACGUUACAGUGAAACCAACCAAGUCACCCAAGCCUACAAAAGCACCGAAGCCCACUAAACCUCCCAAACCUCCAUCCCCAAUUAAACUCAGCGUGUCACUGACAGUUGUUUCUGGAGUAGUAACAGCAGGAUUCGAGAAUGCAACAGAAGUAUGGAAUGGAGCACCUCCUGUCACCAUGACUUUGGAUAAUGUCCUUGAAGAGGAGUCUUACACAACUUCAGCCCAGGUCACUUGGACUGGUACUGUUGAUAAAACUAAUUUUGAAGGCACCUUUUCUGUACCCACAACAUUCAAGAAUGAGACAGACACAACCACGGUAGAAUGGAAAGGAAGUUUCUCUGUUAAAUAUAUGGUUAAAUGGAGUGGAAACCUGGAGUCAAUGGUUAAAGAUGGAAGAAAGCUAACAUGCAAAGUCAUAUUCAAAGAGUUUGGUCAGAAAUCGAUCAAUCCCAUGAGUAGCACUAAACAACAGCUGAAAGCAGCUAAACCUGAAAUUGAUGUUGAAUCAUUGGGUUCUCCUUCAGCUUGCAAUGUCAUUCUUGUGGGUGUAUUCUAUAAGAAGCCAUUCUAUUGUAAGAUUUUGCCUUUCUUCUGCACUGACUCCACUAUUUUCACUUGGAAUGGAGAAGCUAUUCUGAGCUACUCAUACCCUCCCCCAGCCACAACCACACCCAGACCAGAGGAGGUCAUAGUCACUGACUCUCCCUCACCAAAUGAGCUCAAAUUAUCAAAGGGGGCUCCUCCAUUCUCACCAUACUAUUUCCAUCAGAGAGUAGUAAUUGGCAAAGUUAUCUCAGGAUAUAUGAAAGGUGGACUGCAAGGUGAGAGCAAGAAAACUCUAUGGUCAGGAAAUGUGCCAGCUGCCAUCCCAUUCCCAGUUUUCUGGGCGCCAGUGACCACUUUGCCAGACACACCACCUGAUGCCUACAGCCAUGGUGUCAUUUGGUCGGGAUCAGCAUUCGGAUCAACAGUUGACUGCUCGUUCAAACUGCCUCAAUACAUUUCAAAUGGAGCAGGCAGUUCAAUGAGAUGGUGGAAUGGCAAUGUGAGGGUACACAUACAAUCGCUAUGGACAACUGGAAUUGGAGGCUUGAUUGUACCAGGCUUCAAAUAUUAUUCUAGAGUUGCUUUCAGAGAAACAAAGAAAUAUUCAGCAUCAGACUCAGACAUAACAGUAACUCAAAAUGAGAUCAACUCUGCUUAUGAUGCACCUCUAAUUCUCCUUGGAAACUAUUCACCAGACAGAAAAGUGUUCUAUUGGUCUGGCAAUUUUAUACUUGUCUUUAGAAAUUUGCCUUCUCCUUACACUUAUGACUUGCCAGCACCGGCACCCUUCACUCCAAGUGAUCCAGCAAGCAUAGUCCAGAAACCACUGAAACAAAGUAUGGAUACAAGUAAAAGUUUGGCUUCAACCAAACAGAAACCAAUAGUUGCAAAAGUUCUAUCAGGCACCAUUGUAGCUGGCACAAGUCCAUUCAGCAAGAGCACCGUUUGGUCUGGCGAUCUUCCCACGGAAAUUCCCCUAUCUGUGUUCUGGACUCCAGGUAUUGAUUCGGAAAGUCUUGACACCGAUUCAUUCAGUCAUGGUGUGAUAUGGUCAGGAGCCGUGUUUGGAAAUACGGUGCAGUGUUCAUUCUACCUGCCACAGCACACGCUGGUUGGAAAGGCAGCAGCAACCAAAUGGUGGAAGGGAGAUAUGUCCUUGAAAAUAGAAUCAGCUUGGGACAUUGGACUAGCACAGAUGAUUGCCCCAGGACUACAAUACAGUUCUAGAGUGACAUUUGGAGACGAGAAAAGCAUGACUAAAUUACUAGCUUACGCUCCAUCUCAGGAUGAAAUAGACUCAUCUUUCAAAGCACCAAUUACAUUACUGGGGAAAUACUCAGCUAACAAAAAGACAUUCUAUUGGUCUGGAAACUUCAUUAUCAAAUUUCACUACUACCCAGGAACUUUCAUGAACGAAUUGAUGAUGCCAAUGGGUCCACAAAAUAUGCAACGAUUGAAGUUUGUCAAGAAGGCAGGUAUUUCUGAUGCUAGUUUGAGGAAAAAUGUUGCUGUCAUUGUAAAGUCUGGCUCUAUAACAAGUAUGGAGAAUGCAGGAAAGUUGUGGUCGGGAGAGAUGCCGACAACUAUACCUGUAGUGAACGGUAGCAGCAGCAUGCUUGUCAAUUGGACUGGCAGUAUUCAAGAUUCAGUAUUGUCGGGAGAAUACUCAUUAUCUGAAUUUAUGAAAGGACAACAGUUCCCCACCAGCUUAUCCAGUGGCCAAUUUUCAUUGAAUAUCGAUCCCAUGUGGAACAGCACGUUUGACGCAUUCAUGACAGCCGGUCAGACCUUCACAUCAAAGAUCAUAAUGAGAGAGAUGCGUACCCCUAGUCUUAGUUCUGUGAGUUUGUCUGCAUCGGGAGCUCCAAUGGGUACAAUAAUCCUUCUAGGUCAGUACUCGCCUGACAAAUUUCAUUUUACAUGGUUUGGACAAACAAUUAUAAAUGUAUAUUGAAAAUAACAUCGAAAAUCUCAACAGAUCAAAGAUUCAAAUCGCACAGUUCAGAAAUCAAAAUAGUAUGAAGAUUGGGAUCGUGAACGUGAGAUUUAAUUCAAAUUUAAUCUUGAUUAUAUGCAUUUGCGACUUUCCAUCAUCUAUUAGAAAAAAGUAUCAAUGUGCAAUCUAUUUGAAUAAAUUUAUAAUAGUUUUAUACCUUGCUCAAACAUUGAUAAACUUUGUGCUAUGAAAAUACUGAAUUGACAUGACUGCUAAGAUAUUAAGUUCACUGCAUUGUAGUCACAGAAGAUUAAACACUAAGUGAAGCAUUAACAAUAGAAUAAGACUUAUUUGGUAACCAUACAAUAGGGUAAAUGGUAAUUGGGAGAAUCAUCUUGAAAAUAAGUUAUUAUUGAUUGAAAUUAAAAUAUUUUGCAUUUAUUAACGUUAAAAUUGUACUUAUGGAGUGAUACAUUCUGAUUCAUUUCAAUUGAGAUGAAAUAUGGAGUACCGUGCUUGAUAGAAUUAU